AUGAGCUCAAUGUACACUUAUAUUGGUAAACCCGUGUCUUUUUGUAAAAAUGAUAUUAGUUUCACCUGUAAGGAAAUAUCAUUAGACUUAACCACUGCAGCUGAAAUUUUGAACUUAUUAGACAUCGUUAUUAUUACUGAUCAUGGUUAUAUACUUUAUCAUCAACAACCCGAUACACUAAUUACUUCGAAAAUUUACGAAAUAAUGCCUGAAUUCAAGAAUGAACAAAAUUCGCAAAAGUUUUUAGAGAAAAGCCAAGAAUCGAUUAAAGAGUGCUUAACUCGCUGGUUGACACCAGUGGUGAAAUGGAAGGAUAGUCAUACUUCACUUUUGCUUGAAUAUUUGGCUGCUCAUAAGGAAAAGGUUUUACUACUAGAAAGACGCGGUUCUGCAGCUAAGAAAGUGAGAUCGACUCUCUGGAAUGGAGCUUCGAUUUUUUUACGAGAAAAAGAUUGCUUUCGCCUACCUUUUCAAUGUGAAUAUAAGUGGAAGAAUUUAAUGCAGGCUUAUAAUAAUAAUGAUCAUAUUUGGUGUAGAUCACAAAUUGAAGCAAUUAUUGGCAGAAAACAUCAUCUGACUGUUAAUUAUUACAUUAAAAGACAAAACUCGUUGGAAUCAGUUGAGUCUGAUUUAGAUUCUAUUCCUGAAACUAGAAAUCAUGGUUAUACCGAAUAUAACGAAAACAACCUUAGUAUAUCAUGA